AUGGCCAACGGUGAAGAAACUAUCGAAACAACAAGAUUAGAGAGAAACUUGUAUAGUUGGAAUUUUGGUAAAUUAACACGAAUACAAUCCGAACAGUUACUUAUCGAUGAACCUAGUGGAACGUUUCUCAUACGUGAAAGUGAACAUUAUCCAGGAGAUUUAACAUUAUCUAUUAAUGAUGACAAUAAAAUUCAACAUUAUAGAAUUGUAUUUGAUUCUAUAAAUGGAACUUUUACAAUUGACGAUGAAAUCUUUUUCACUGAUCUUUAUCUACUGGUCAAGCAUUAUGAAUUUGAUGCUGAUGGUCUGUGUUGUCGUCUUGAAAAACCAUUGAGUAGCAAACGUGAUACUAUUGAUUCGGUUAAAAUUGAAAAAUCGGCAUCACCUACUGUUCCACUAGUUUUACCAUUGAAUUCACCGAUUAUUGAUUAUGCAGAGUUACAUAUUGGUAAACUUGUUGGAUCUGGCGAGUUUGCUGAAGUUUAUGAAGGUAUAUAUAGAAAAUCUCGUGUUGCUAUUAAAAUAUUAAAAGAACCAAAAUCAACGGUACGGUUUCUUCAUGAAGCUGAUAUAAUGAAUUCAUUGAAACAUCAAAAUCUGGUGCAACUCUUAGGUAUUGCACAACAACCAGAUCGUAUUAUUUAUUUAGUCACUGAAUUCAUGGCGAAAGGUUCAUUGCUUCAUUAUUUAACAACACGUGGUAGAUCAGUUAUUUCUGGAAAAGAUUUAAUCAGUUUUACUAUUGAUACAUGUGAAGGUCUAACUUAUUUGGAACAAAAUCAUAUUGUCCAUCGAGAUAUAGCAGCGAGCAAUGUAUUAAUUGCUGAUGAUAAUACAGCCAAAAUAUCGGAUUUCGGCUUAGCGAAAUGUUUAGAAACAACAGGAAAAGAAAAUGGAAACAGUACUAUUAAAGAAAAAAUAAAAUGUCGAACAAAAUGGACGGCACCUGAAGCACUUGAAUCAAAAAUGUAUACGCAUAAAAGUGAUAUGUGGUCUUAUGGUGUUCUUCUUUGGGAAAUAUUUUCUUAUGGAAGAUGUCCGUAUCCACGCAUACCUGCUGAUGAUGUUUUAUUCAAUUUAAAAGAAGGCUAUCGAAUGGAACCACCACACGAUUGUCCAACAGAUAUCGGUGAUAUUAUGCGUCAAGCUUGGCAUGCUGAUUGGAAUCGACGACCCUCGUUUCAUCAAGUACUUGAACGACUCAAGCGUAUAAAUCUCUCAUUUUAA